CAUUUGUUGAUGAAUGAUUAAAGGAGAGAGCAUCAUAGAACCACACGGCUCCGAACGUAUAAGCAAAAACCGCCAGAAAUUCCUUGAAUCCAAUUGGGUAUUCGAUUUGAAGCUUAAUUUCUACCAUUCAGAGUGCAAUUCGGAGAUUCACUUAAAAGAGUAAAAAAUGGCAGUGGCAUUUUCGCAAUUUUCAUGGUGGUCAUGGAGUGGAAAACAUCAAGAUACAAAAAUCCGAAAUGGGUCCUCCAAGAAUUCCUCAACAACCAAAACCGAUGUAAAUAUAUUAGAAUUCGACAAUCUAAAGUUCCCAUUAGUAAAUGUGACACCAUCAGCCUCUAAAAGAGUAAAAAGAAAGUGGCAAAAUCGAAGAGAACGCAAGGUUGAUAAAGAAUAUGAUGUUGUAUUGGUUCCAUCCGACGGUGGUUGUUUAUCCGGAUCAGAAUCCGACGACUCUGAUUGGUCGAUUGGAUGGUUGGAACCUCAUGGUGCUGGUUUUUGUAGUGAUAACGAUGAUGAUGAUGAUUCAGAUGAUAGUUUUGCUGUUCUUGUUCCUUGUUAUGGUCGUGGAUGUGGGGAUGUUGUUAACACUAAGAAUGUUUCAAAUGAUAGAUUCUUGGACCACACUAUUGGACAAGUUCCCGAUAUUUAUUCUGCUCAGAACGAAGUGUACAUGGAACAAUGGCUGUCGUCGUUACAACGCAACUGAGCGUGUAUUGUAGCCGAUUAACUGUAAAUAUGUAUCUAUAUGUAAAAAAGAUAUUGGUUUGAUCCAUGUGUUGCUGUUGUUACUGUUACUGUCACUGUUACUGUUACUGUGCAUAUUGUGACGACAAGAAACAGAUUGAUGUGCCAAGAAAAUUGAAGCUAUUGACUUAUUCGAUUUAAAAGCAGGAAGAAAUGAAUUGAAGAUUAGCAUUGAUCUGGGAAAUAAUUAAGAUUUUUGUUGGGUGAUCUAUGUUAUAAAAUGUAAAUAAUUUGUAUGAUGUAAAUAUUCAUUGGAAGGAGUGUGAAAAAACAACUUCCCCCAAAAAAAGAGAGAUUGUAGAUAAUUCUUGUAAUUAGAUUCUAAACUGAACGCAUUUGUUGAUAAUCUAUGUUGUGAAGUAUUGUGUCUGUGAAA